AGUUUCGGAAAUGUUUCAAGGGUCAAGUUGCUGGAAAAAUAAAAUCUCUCUCUUUUUAAUUAACUCGGUAAUAUGUAUAACGUUCUUAUCUAUUAUUCAAUUUAGUGAAACAAUUCUUUACUUUUUGUGUACUUCGUAAUCUACAGGAAAAUAUCUCGGUUGAUUUGAGAUUCAAAUACGAGGUAGAAAUGGCAUGGGUGAAUACUGUGGCCCUAUAUCUCGUCUUACUGUGUAUUGUUUCAGCAGAAAUAUCUGUGAGAGUGGCGAAGGAUCAUCGUCUACCGAAAACUGUUGUCCCACUCCACUACAUUCUUCGCAUACACAUCAAUGACAUUGAAAGCAAUAACUUUACCGGAUCAGUGGCAAUAACCUUCCAAACCAGCGAAGCUACAAAUACUAUAUUGCUACAUGCUUCCCCGGACCAUUUACAUCUGAGUAAAAUUAUUUUGAAUAGCGACUUCGAAAAGCCUUGUAACGUUACAAAUGCGGAUAAAGAAACAGAAAAGAUAACUAUAACUUGUUCGGAAAAUACCGACCCCAAAGACGAAAACUCUCUGGUAAUAAAUUACGAAGCAUUACUGAGUGACGAUGGUGAAUUUGGUCUCUAUAAAAACAUAUAUGAGCAAGAUGGCCACCAAGAAGUUCUACUCGCUACCCAAAUGGUCCCUUCUUAUGCCCGAAGAGUGUUUCCUUGCUUCGAUGAACCAGAGUUCAAAGCUGUUUUUGAUAUUUUUAUUCUGUUUCCUGAUACUUUCCGAGUAGUUGGAAACACUCAGAUACGUUCUAUAUCUAAUGAAAGCAACGGACUUGAUGAGGUGGAAUUUGGUUCGACUCCUCCUAUGCCCACCUACUUGAUUGGAUUCGUGCUUUCGAAACUGGAAUCUGGAAAUUCAUUAUAUAAGGUAUACACCAGACCGCAAUUGAAACCAUUUACCGGAACCGCUUUGAAAUAUACUCCAAAUAUUAUACAAUUAAUGAGCGACUGGGCUGGAGUUGAGUACAAAGAUAUGAAGAACGCACAGCUUGAUCAGGUUGUUCUUGAGCAUUCUACAUUUCGAUCACGGGAGAAUUGGGGAUUGAUAAUAUAUAGAGAACAAGAUUUACUGGAUGAAGCCGAUAAAAGCACUGAAAUCACCAAACAGAAAAUUAUCUCCAAUAUAGCGCAUUCAGUUUCUAAGCAAUGGUUUGGUGCAUACGUCACUCCAGACUGGUGGUCAGAUGAGUGGUUGAGCGAAGGGUUUGCGAUUUUCUUCGAAUAUUUCCUUCCGGGACAGAUUCCUGAUCUAAAAUUUGAAUAUGAGAAGCAGUUCACUAUAAACGAGCUUCAAGUGGCACUGCGGGAAGAUGCCUUUCCAGAUUCUGAACCACUUUCUAGUAAAGAGGAAGAUGUAAUGACAUCUGAUGAUUGCUUGAAGAAAUUCAAUGCUGUAACAUCUAAGAAAGGGGCCAGUUUGAUAAGAAUGAUGAGGAGCAUUAAAGGGGAUGAUGAGUUUCAAAACUGUAUCAAAUCUUAUCUGUCGACAAACCAGUUUAAUAUAACAGAUCCAAAGUCCCUCUUGAAAGUGCUUGAUUUGGAGAACCGUAUGGUUAACUGGAUAUAUGAAUCAGGAUAUCCAUUACUCACAGUGAGGCUGAAUAAUAAUCAACAAAAAGUUAUAGUUACCCAGGAAAAAUUCGAAAUGACAAAAAAAGACACCGCUAACAGAACAAGUUGGAACGUUCCAGUUACUUUUGCAACAUCCGAAGACAAAAGCUUUAGUGUAAAAAAUGUGGUUUGGUUGGAACCAAACAAUGAUUUGAUUAUUGGUUUGGAAGGCGAAUCUUGGAUUAUCUUGAAUAAUCAGCAAACAGGGUUCUAUAGAGUCAACUAUGAUGAUAUCCUUUGGAGUCGUAUUAUCAAAACUCUGAAAGGAGGCGACAUGAAAAACAUCCACGUCUUGAAUAGAGCUCAACUUAUUGAUGAUGCCUUCAAUGUUGCUCGUGCUGGAAAAGUCAAUUAUAUGACAGUUUUCAGUUUGGCUGAUUAUUUAAAGGGCGAAACUGAAUAUUAUCCUUGGUUCUCAGCGUUGAAUGCAGUGUCAUACUUGGUGGAUCAUAUAAAUGAUAAUGAAACCACCAUAGUGUUGAAUAGAAGAAUAUUACAAUGGAUAAAUGCUGCUUUUCCAAAUUUGAAAAAAGUUGAAUCAACUGAUCACGUCGGAAUAUUGAAAGAAACAUUGAUUUUGAAAUGGAAGUGUGAGUUGAAACAUGAAGAUUGUCUGAAAUAUACCAGCUCAAAUUUCGAAAGUUUCAAAACUACAAGAAGGUAACAGUAGGUCGAAUAU